AAGUAGAGAGUGUAACGCGUUAAUAGUCCAUCGUGUCUUUCAGACAUCGAUAUCAAAAACGAGGGGAAGGAGUGGUGCGCGAUAAAUGCUCGGAUGAUCAAGUGCUGCGAGACCAUCUGCCCGAAUGACGUCGAGUGCGAGGUAAAUGUGACACGUGAAUGUAACGUGUGGUUGUGUAAUUUAUGCGUGUCGUCUUGUAUACCUCGAAGCUGGAAGGGUUGUGUACCUCACAGUUUCGUACCAAUACCAAGGCACUCGGAGACCAACGAUUCUGACCGGUGUUAUAAGACUCCCGAUCUUCUCACCCCCAGCACAUUCAACUCGUCGGAGGUGACAUGGGUGUCCUGAUUCCAAAUGUCUCCAGAAACGUGACUCUGGUUUGGCCGACUCUUUACCUUCAUGACCGGGUCGGGGAAUGCAUGAUCGCGAUCGGUUACACCACCAGGGACAAUCAGACUGGCGAGAUACGUCAGAAGGUUAAAUUCGACACCAGCGUAUCGACGCGAUCAGCCGUACGUCCAGUUCUUCAAGGAUACUACACCAGAGGUGAAGCCAGGACGUGUCCUACCGUCGAUCUAGACACUCUGGACGACUGUCGUCCGGUUAAUUGUCACAUGAAGUACCACGGGAAGAGGAAUUUCUUCAACCGUCGGCAUCGGCGGUGCCAGCCAGUUCCAGUCUGCAUCGCUGAUACUAAUAAAGAACUGCCUGACGUUGCCUACGUGCCGGCUAGCAACACCUGUCGAGAUUUGGAGAACGCGGUGAACGAGGUUGAAGUUCGCGCCCUGAGUCGAGGAACAGCGGAGACGGCUUGGAGGUCGGAACCACGGCCGUACUUAUCGAACAUACACUGUCAUCACGGCAAGACCGACAACGCUACAGGCUUCUGCAUCUGUCACGAAGGAUGGACCUCGAAGUCGGUGGACAACCUGGAGCCGAGCACCGAGUUGAUCCAUCUCUGCAACGUCCAAAUGCUUCCAUGGCCACGUUUGAGAGCGAACAGACUGAAGACCGUCCUGACGGUGAUUGCAGCGUUACUCGGAGUCCUCGUGGUUCUCUUCUGCUGCGCGACGGCUUACGUUAUGCGGAGGCAAUCUUCUUCCGGGGAAAACUCCGUCUGCGGAAAUCGGCCGGUGACCACAUCCUGUUCCCCGAGUUCCACCAGGUCUGAAGGUAGCUGUUCUUACGGUCGACCGUACAAACGACUCGGCAGGAAAACUUGUUCGGACACUUCUUGUCGCACUCAUAGUCUCGUGCGACACUGA